AUGCAACGGGCGGCGCACAUCAGGAUGCCGCUUUCGCAAAAGCAGAUACCGCACCCUUCGGAACUCGUCGAGUACAACUAUGCAGUCGCUGGACAUGAUGGAACGCUCUGCGACACCGAGGGCGAGCUGUUCAUCAAGCCAUGCACGCAGGCCGAAAUCGACUUUUAUCAGUCCCUGCCCCAGAACCAUUCGCGCAUGCUGGAAAUCGUACCCGAAUUCGUUGGCAGUCUCUCCUUGAACGCCGCCACCGACAUCAACGCCAUCACCGAGCAGCUACCCGUGGUAGAUGGAGAUGUCAUCCCCGAGAUGAAGGAGCAGGUCCUCGAGCUGAUCUCGGAGAAGGGGAAAGAACUGGCAGAGAUGGUGGCUCCGGCGCCUGCCUCGAUUCCGGCACAAGAACCGGCCCCUGUGGACGGUGUGACUUGGAUACCAAAUGCCAGUCGAAAGAUCCCAACGGACAAGGCGGUCGUCCUGGACAAUGCGGCUUAUGGUUUCAGACGUCCCAACAUCGUGGAUGUCAAACUGGGCAAACGCCUUUGGGCUGACGACGCGCCACUGGAGAAGAAGCGGAGGUUCGACAAGAUCAGCGCCGAGACGACGCACCGCGAGCUUGGCUUCCGAAUUGCCGGCAUGCGUAUUUUCAAAGGCUCCGAUAACCCAGAGGACCUCGACGAGGAGGACUAUCGCAUCUAUGACAAGGACUACGGCCGAAAGGACGUCAACUGUGACAACGUUGUUGAGGCUUUCCGGAGUUUUCUCUAUAACCGCAGGGCUGGGAUCGAUGACGAGUACGCCAGAGCUGUUGCAGAAGCUUUCCUACGAGACCUGAAGCACGUUCGCGACGUCCUAGAGAACGAAGAGACCCGCAUGUACUCCUCCAGUCUCCUGUUCAUUUUUGAGGGCGACGGCCACGCGCUCAAGGCGGAGAUCGAUGACCAGAGCCGCAGUACCGCCGCUUCUGUGAAGGCCAAGACGGAGGAAGACUGCCUACCUGGUCGUACCACGAACCGGAUCGAUAGUGGCAUCGGUCUGGACGACGAGGGCGAGAUUGUCUUCCCCACUCAAGAACAGUACGAUGAGCUGUCUGAGAGCGACGAAGAUGCCGAGGAAGGGCACAUCUGGAGACUGAAGCUCAUCGACUUUGCACACGCUGGCUUCGUCCCGGGGCAGGGUCCUGACGAGAACAUACUACUGGGUGUCAGAAGUUUGAUCACCAUUUUCGAGGAGCUGUCAAAGGAGCCAGAGAAGCCAGUGACCAGUCGGAGACAGAGGCGGUCAACUUGA